AAUCAACGUCCAAAUUUGGACCUUUAUAAACAGUGACAGUCUGACUUCCUUCACCAAAUUGUCAUAAUCACAAUCCCCCAAUUGAUUUGCUGAAAAUGGUAGUGCUGAAAGAAGGCCGCCGGCCGCCGUGGGUGAGCUUGGGGGCUUCUGUUUGGGUGCAAAUUGCAUCAGGAAACUCAUACACUUUCCCUCUCUAUUCCCCUUCCCUCAAAUCAGUUCUGGGCUUCAACCAGCAGCAGCUAUCCUUUCUUGGAGUAGCCAAUGAUAUAGGAGAAAAUGUUGGGAUUUUUCCUGGUUUAGCUUGCAACAAACUCCCUCCUUGGGCCAUUCUUGUUGUUGGUGUAUGCGCUUCUUCCUUGGGCUAUGGUGUUUUGUGGCUUGCUGUUAGUCAGGCUGUUCAAAACCUUCCCUAUUGGGUUUUGUGGAUCGCUCUGUGUAUUGCCACUCACGGCAGUGCAUGGCUUGGGACAGCAGUUCUCGUCACAAACAUGAGGAAUUUUCCGGUCAGCCGGGGCGCUGUUGCUGGAAUACUCAAAGGCUAUGUUGGUUUAAGCGCUGCAGUUUUCACAGAGGUUUACACCAUGGCCCUCGACGGGUCAGCUUCAAAUCUACUGCUGCUGCUAACCCUUGGCAUCCCUGUUAUUGGUUUGCUGAUGAUGUACUUUAUCCGGCCUUGCACUCCCGCUUAUGGGGAAGACUCUGCCGAACAUUGCCAUUUCCUAUUCACACAAGCGGCUAGUCUCAUCCUCGCGGUUUAUCUUCUUUCAACGACAAUUUUGAAGGACUUGUUCUCUUUUAGCAACACCGUUUCCUAUAUGUUGAUUGCCAUAAUGAUUGUUCUUUUAAUGGCCCCUCUAUCGAUUCCUUUGAAAAUGACAAUGUUCCCUUCGAAUCACCAGAAACCCGGUAUUUCUACCGGUGUAGUUGGUGGAGAUGGCUAUACAAACGAAACCCAUCCUCUGUUGACCCCUUCCUCGUCAACAACAUAUCUUGGUAGCUUUUAUGAGCCUGAAGAAAUCCCCGAAGUGGAUUUACUUCUUGCCAUGGGUGAGGGAGCAGUGAAGAAGAAAAGAAAGCCCAGGAGAGGCGAAGAUUUCACAUUCCGUGAAGCUGUAGUGAAGGCCGACUUUUGGCUUCUGUGGUCCGUCUAUUUUCUUGGAGUUGGCUCGGGCGUAACAGUCCUUAAUAAUUUGGCACAGAUUGGAGUUUCACUUGGCGUGAAUGAUGCAACGGUAUUGUUGAGUUUGUUCAGCUUCUGUAACUUUUUGGGCCGUCUAGGCGCAGGAGUCGUAUCUGAACACUUUGUAAGGUCAAAGGCGAUUCCUCGAAUAUUUAGCUUGGCUGUCGCGCAAGCACUCAUGGUCGUGUCAUUCCUUCUAUACGCUUCAGCUCUAAGUGGUACUCUCUACGCUGCCACAGCGUUGCUUGGAAUCUGUUACGGCACCCAGUUUGGUGUCAUGAUUCCAACUGCUUCCGAACUUUUUGGGUUGAAAGAUUUUGGCGUGAUCUUCAAUUUCAUGCAGCUCGGAAAUCCCGUGGGUGCGCUUGUUUUCUCGAGUCUGCUCGCUAGUCAAGUAUACGAAUCCGAGGCAGCUAAGCAGACGGGGUCUUCUUGCGUUGGUCCAAGCUGCUUCCGGCUCACGUUCCUUGUUUUAGCCGGGUUUUGUGGCUUGGGAACUUUAAUGAGCAUAGUGCUAAGCAUAAGAAUACGACCAGUUUACCGAAUGCUCUAUGCUGGAGGCUCGUUCCGUCUGCCUCAAAGCUCUGGCCAUUGAUUACAUGAUAAGUCAUUCGAGAUUAUAGAUAAUAGAUGAUUGAAUCAGAGUAAAUGUUUAAAAUUUUCUUAGGCUAUGCAGAUGCAGACUUUUUGCUGCUCUGAUGCAUAAUUUCUUCGUCUGUAAGCAAAAACGAACUUUAUUAUCCGAAUAUGAGAAAAUGGAAUUUAAAUCUA